AUGGCUAAGGAGCUUCAAAAUGAAUUGAAUGAUCUAGUCUGGUUAGGCACCUUGAAUAUCGAAGUAAGUUUGCACAAGAGUCUUGUGGUGGCAGGUACCCCCGCAGACUCUAGCGUGUGUCACCUAAGAAUACCGAGAGAAUCAUAUCUGGUGUUAUAUUUGCCGUUAAUAUUAUUGAAAUUUAAGGAUAUACUGAGGUUUGAAAUUAUCAAUAAAUUCCAUGGUUGGUGGUUCGAAGUGGAAAACAAGCCUGUAUACUGGAAUCAUCCGGUUGGCCCCUUAUAUGAUUCAUUAAGAUGGUUGAAUCCAAAUGAUAAAACGCGAGAAUUCGAUGAAGAUCUAAUAGUUAUGUGGAAAUUAACUCUAAAUUAUAGUGAAACGUUGCCAGUGGGAAUGAUUCCACUUAUAAAUGAACUGAAUCAAGUUGAAGAUUCGUGGCGACAUGAAUGGAAGCAGGCAUGUUUUAUUAUGAAUGGUUCUUCGAAACAGAUAAUGUCUUUAUCUAUCCCAGAUUCUAAGCUUUUUUGGCAUAGUGUUCUUAUAAGGGAUACCAAGAACUUUCGUAAUAUUGCUUCUAAGAUCGUACCAAGAAAAGGUAAUAUGAGAGCUGUACCAAUUCGUAUACAUUUAACUACUCUCAAUGGCGUUGAAGUUAUACAACCUAAUUCCAAGAUACUUCGUGAGUCUAGUGCCACCCUUGGAAGCUUAUUAAGAAUAGAACUUCCUCAACUAUUCGAUCUCGGAGCGAUAAACGCUGACCCUAUAAUACAAGGCAUCGAGGUGUCACUAGAAUCCCAACUUAUUAGCCUAUAUAAUGGGUUUGCAAGUAUUGAUGGUUUCCUGCAUGUUUCUAUACGUAUGAUAUAA